UAGUGCGAAAACUGUCUUCAAUGUAGCAGUUCGAUCUACAUUUUGCAAUGGUGCUACAUCCCAGUCGGGACGGGUUGCAUGUGAUAAGAUAUCGUGCCACCGGUAUUGGUCCCUAAGAACGCAACAAACCAUCCGCAUGCUGCAUGUCUCCACAUGCUCAAAUCAACUCGGAAAACAAAAAACAUGCUCCGAACUAAACGUAUCGGAUGGAAAUGGCACACCGGCAGUUAAUCAAUUCACGAACCGAUCACACAACUGUGGUGAGCUGCGAACGGAACACGUUGGCCAACAGGUGGUCCUAUGUGGGUGGCUGGAGUUUUCGAGGAUGAACAAGUUCUUCACUCUACGCGAUGGAUAUGGAAUCGUGCAGGCACUUAUCCCCGAGGAGCUAUGCCAACAGGUAACCCUGGAAGGGAUGGCAUUUGAGUCGAUUUUGCGCGUAACUGGCACCGUUCAACAGCGUCCCGAGGGCCAGACAAACCAGAAUUUACCGACCGGAGCGAUAGAAGUGCACGUCAGUGGAUUGGAGGUGUUGAACGAGGCCAAAAAGCGACUGCCAAUCAACGUGAAAGAUCACAAUCGGGCGAAGGAAAACCUGCGUCUCGAGCAUCGAUAUAUUGAUCUGAGGAAUCGGCACAUGCAGCAUAACUUGCGGCUACGAUCGCAGGUGAUCAUGAAGAUGAGGGAAUGUAUGAUCAACGAUUAUGGUUUCGUGGAGGUGGAAACACCAACCCUUUUCCGGCGAACACCUGGCGGUGCGCAAGAAUUUGUUGUACCAUCGCGGAAACCGGGCCACUUUUACUCGCUCGUCCAAAGCCCUCAACAGUUCAAGCAAAUGCUCAUGGUCGGCGCCAUCGAUCGCUACUUCCAGAUUGCCCGAUGCUACCGGGACGAAUCGACACGCCCCGAUCGGCAGCCGGAAUUUACCCAGCUCGACAUUGAGCUUUCGUUCACCGAUCGUGAGAAGGUGAUCGCGUUGAUAGAAAACGUGUUGGGCAAAUCGUGGCCCUACCGGGAGGAUCAACCGAUCCAACAUCCUUUCCCACGCAUGACGUUGAGUGAAGCUAUGGAACGGUUUGGAAGCGAUAAACCGGACACACGGUUUGGGUAUGAGUUGACGAACGUAACAAAGCUGAUCGAGAAGCGGCUCGUCCCCGAUGGUGUGAAGGAAAAGGAUUUCCGAUCGUAUGCUGUCGUCGUGAGGGCAGAGGAAGCUCGUAAGCUUCCCACGGGGUUGAAGAAAUCAUUGGAAGAAAUUGCGAAAAAGAGCAAUUUUUGUAAGUUUACCAUGAGUAAAAUCACUCCCGAUUGGUCCACCGGUUCCAUCGUUCGUCUGCUCGGGAAUCAGGGAACGGUUUCAUUCAGUGAACAACUGUUCCUUAAACCAGAUGAUCUGCUUCUGCUCGGCUGGGGCAAGGAAACGUACGUGCAAAACAUGAUGGGGAGACUACGACUGGCCGCCUACGAAGCCCUCGAGGAGUCCGGUGCCGUACCGAAGCGCCUAUCGCACGCGCACAACUUCCUCUGGGUAAUAGAUUUCCCGAUGUUCAGCGAAAACGAAGAAACGGGCCAGAUCGAGAGCACCCACCAUCCAUUCACUGCCCCACACCCGGAAGAUGCAGACCGCUUGCGGGCGAUCGGCGACCCACACCCGGAGGACAUCUUCAGCAUCCGCUCGCUCGCCUACGAUCUCGUGUGGAACGGGGUCGAAAUUGGUGGGGGAUCCAUUCGCAUCCACAACAGCCAGCUGCAGCGGACGGUCCUAAAGGAUGUGCUGAAAAUUGAACACUCCCAUCUGCACCACCUGCUGGACGCGCUGGAAAGUGGAUGCCCACCGCACGGAGGGUUCGCGAUCGGGCUCGAUCGGUAUGUGGCACUGCUCUGUAAUGCCGCCUCCAUUCGGGAGGUGAUUGCGUUCCCGAAGAGUCUCGACGGUAAGGAUCCACUGUCGAAGGCGCCGGUACCGAUCAGCGAGGAAGAGAAACGGAUCUAUCACAUAAAAGUGGUAGAGUAGAAUGGAAACCGCUAGGUAAAUAUAAUCGCUUGUAAUAUAAACCCCACUG